GUCACGUAAACACUCGAUGGCUGGACGGCAGGAAUUAUAUAGUCGCAGAAUGAAGAAAGGAGCAGUGAAGUCAAUGUGCUAGCAAUUUUCGUCACAGCGAAGGACUAGAGAGAAUCCGAAUGCGACGGGAACUGUUUCACGUUCGGUAUAUCGAAGUAUGCCAGUCACGCUGCCAAGGUAGAAGAGAGUCCUUCGCGAGGCUAAUUCAGAACGUUGACGGUCGCAAUCCGCAUAUCAGCUUCCAAUUUAUGAUAAAAAUCCAAGUGAUCGCGAUUGGUGAAGUUCGGGUCUCCUUAAAACGCAGCCCGCUCGGCGAUGCGACUUGGGGGCGUUUUUUCAGUUGGCGCAAUCCCAGGGCUCGGUCGACACGGACGACAAAAAGGGCGCAGCGCAAUCGAAACCACACGAAGAAGAUUUUCGCACUGCGCAAGACUGCGAAGUUCAAGUCGAACAGAAGAGAGAACAAGGAAAUUGUCGAACGGGUGGUUGCGUGCAGGCGGGCCCGUCGUUUGUGGUCAGAACGAUGCUCUAAGUGGUCGGCGGGAAGGACGAGAGUUGGAGGAGAGUGGCAGAAUGGCCGGAUCUCAGUAGUACAGUCGAGACCACCGGCGCACCAACGAAGGGAACAAAGAGAAGCAGAAAACGACGCUAGACUCGUAUACUCGGACAAUAUUCCUCUCUGAAUAAGGAGGAGUCGCGUCAGUUUGGAUGGCCAGAAUUUGACAGAGAAAAAAAAAAAAAGGUAACCAAUAAUAAGGCCAGUAGGAAGGAAGCAAUCGAUCGCACAAGAGCUUACCUGUUGCGAAAAGCACAGCGUGCUCGGAAGCUCGGGAGGCGUGGUGAAACGUGGCACAGGGGAGGUUUUUGCGAGGCGAAUGAUGAUAAACAAUUGGGCAGUAAGAGAGAAGUAGGGCCAGAUCGGUUGUAGAACUCUUUACCAGACCCUGUCCGUGUAGACACAAACCGGGUGGAUGCGAAGAGCAAAUACUUUUGGACGAGGAAGAGGGGAGGGAGACAAGGUAGCGAA